AUGUCCCCCCCUCUCUCUGAUCCGACUUUCUCCAACUAUUCACAUAACCAAGCCCAACAAUAUGCGAAUUCUCGUUUGUCUUAUUCCGCUCAAUUAUACAACACUAUUCUCAACUAUCAUACCGAGACGCACGGCCAAGUGAAUGUUCUAGCGGAUAUUGGCUGCGGGCCUGGUAAUGCUACUCGUGACCUGGCCAUGUUCUUCAACCAUGCUAUAGGCCUAGAUCCGAGUGCAGAGAUGAUCAAGACUGCUCUUCUAUCGGACGGCCUUACCCGAGCUGGCCGACCAUUGGCAUAUGCGGUCUCAACCGCGGAUAAUAUUGUGCAUGGAAUCACAGAAGCAUUGCCAGCUGCCAAAGAAAAUGGAGGAGUAGACUUGCUGACGGCUGCAAUGGCAGCCCAUUGGUUUGACAUGCCUAAAUUCUGGAAGGAAGCUUCUCGCAUAGUCAAGUCUCGGGGGACUGUCGCAUUAUGGACCUGUGCAUCUCUUUACUGCCAUCCCUCCACUGUUAACGCCAAGGAGGUCCAACAAGCCCUCUUCCACCUUGAACGGGAGGUCCUGUCUCCAUACGAACUCCCACCUAACCGCUUAUCUCGUGAUCUGUAUAGCAAUCUUGUCCUUCCAUGGCAUACGGGUGAUGAUAACGUGGCGAAGGAAUUCCCAAUUGCGGAAUUUCGGCGAAUGGAGUGGGAUCGCGAUGGCAUCCUGAGCGAUCAAGAACAAUUCUUUAAUUUUUCUCAAAAAAAAACGCUGAAUGACUUGGAAGCAAGCCUUGGGACAGCCAGUAUGGUGACUCGAUGGAGGGAGGCACAUCCUGAGCUUGUAGGGACCAAAAAAGACUGUGUCAGCCAGAUGAUUGCACAAGUCCGGACGGCCCUGGGUGUAGGGGAGGAUGAGAAUCCACUUAUUACAGUUGGGACUGCCGUUGUCAUUCUACUUUUCAAACGAAAAUGA